UAAAUAUCUGCAAAAAUGUCAGAUGCUAUUGUGCCUAAGGGACAACCCAUAUCUGGGGAUCCAGAAAAGAAGGGUUGGCUGUUCAAAUGGACGAAUUACUUGAAGGGCUAUCAGAGAAGAUGGUUCGUGCUUUCCAACGGGUUAUUAUCAUAUUACAGAAAUCAAGCAGAGAUGGCGCACACAUGCCGCGGCACAAUAUCCCUGCUGGGGGCGCUCAUCCACACAGCUGACUCGUGCACGUUCGUCAUCAGCAACGGAGGCACACAGACGUUCCACAUCCGCGCACAUGACGAAGUCGAAAGGCAGAGCUGGGUCACAGCGUUGGAGCUUGCUAAAGCUAAAGCUAUUCGAGCUCAAGAAUCGGAUGACGACGAAGACCAAAUUGGUUCAAAUGCGGUAGCAAUCUCCGGUGUAGGCGAGGCAGAUGGCGAGGAUGCGGGUGGAAUUGCACGGGAGCUAGCAGCCCGAUUCCACGACCUUCGAACGUGUUCAGAAUUAGUUGCAAGACACGGUGCGGUCCUGCAGAGGUCGCUUGUGGACUUGGAAAUACCGCCCUCAGAUAUUACGAUACAAGUCGCUGAACGAGCUACGUUGUUCAGGAUAUCUUGUAAUGCUAUGAUGAAUGCGUGUUCGGAAUUCAUGUCGGCGGCAGCGGCGUCUACAGCACGCAUGUCCCGGGCGCUGCAACACGAACGGGAACAAAAGAUGCGCCUGCAAGAAGUUGUCGAGCAACUAGCGAGGCAGCAUGACAAUCUCGAGAAGACGGUCACUGCCCGUUCGACGCCACAUUCAGGUGGGAACGGAUCAGGACAAGGCAACGAAACGGAGGAUGAGGACCAUGAGUUCUUCGAUGCCAUGGAGGAGGGCGUGUCGUCAAACGCUGACGACAAAACUGCUUUUGUAAUGAAAGUACCAGUUAACAGAAAGAGCAAAGUGAAGAGUGGCGAGAGUUCGGAUGAGUCCGAGGGAGAGACAGUAACCGAAACACAGCAGGUCGUAUUCGUGAAGGACAAAGAAGGCGAAAAUAUGGGUGGCGUGUCUGAGGAGGCGGCCAGUACCGUCACUAAGCCCAAAGAAGACAUCAAAGUAUGGCCGCACGUGUCACAAGUAGUGAGCAUGGUGGACGGGCACACGCGGCGCUCGCGCGUGCCUGACAAACCUAACUACCCGCUCUCACUGUGGUCUAUCAUGAAAAAUUGUAUAGGUAAAGAGCUAUCGAAGAUACCGAUCCCUGUGAACUUCAGCGAACCGCUGUCGAUGCUGCAGCGGCUCACCGAGGACUACGAAUACUCAUAUAUCCUCGACGAAGCUGCCAAGUUCAGUGACCCCGCGCAACAGUUGGCAUAUGUUGCUGCCUUCACAAUUUCUGCUUAUGCUACUACCUCUAAUAGAACAAACAAACCAUUCAACCCACUGCUUGGCGAAACUUACGAGUGCGACCGAAUGACCGACCUUGGCUGGCGGUCCAUCUCCGAGCAGGUCAUCCACUACCCGCCUACGUGUGCUGUUUUCACGGAAGGCAUGUCGGGGUGGCGGCAUACCCAGCAGUGGUCCAUUUCCAGCCGGUUUCGUGGCCAGUACGUGACCAUCUCGCCUGACACCUCUUGCCACAUCGUUUUUACCCUCACCGGAAACAAGUACUCAUACCAAAAGGUAACGACGACAGUGCACAACAUAAUCGUGGGCAAGCUGUGGGUAGACAACCAUGGCGACAUGGACAUUAAAGGCGAGGCGGGUCCGGCGAAGGGCUACGUAGCGCACCUCAAGUACCUGCCCUACGCGUACUUCAGUAAGGAUACUCAGCGAAAGGUCACCGGUGUCAUCAACGACCCGAAAGGCGUGCCGCGGUACGUACUACAAGGCUACUGGGACAGCCGAGUGGAAGUAGCACCGGUGACAUCGGCGUCGGCCGACGGCACGCAGUGUACCACCGGCAAAUUCGUCGUCGCCUGGGAGCGCGUGCCCGCACCCCCCGACUCGGACAAGUGGUACAACUUCACGCUGCUGGCGGCGCAGCUGAACGAGCACGAGAGCGGCGUGGCGCCGACGGACUCGCGGCUGCGGCCCGACCAGCGGCUCAUGGAGGAGGGGCUGUGGAACGAGGCCAACGAGGAGAAGCUGCGCCUGGAGGAGAAGCAGCGCACCAAGCGGCGCGAGCUGGAGGCGGCCACGGAGGCGGCCGCGGCGGCGGGGCAGCCGGCGCCGCCCUCGCCGCGCCCGCUGUGGUUCUCGCGCGAGUCCGUGGGCUCGCCCGGCAACCCGCAUCUGUGCCACAUGUACAACCACCGCUACUGGGAGUGCAAGAAGCGCCAGGAGUGGGCCGGCUGCCCCGACAUCUUCUAGCCGGGCGGCCCCUCCCGCGCGGAGCGCCCGCUCCGAGGACUGACCGCGUCGCGUGCUAAGUUCACUUUGUGAUUCUCAUUUGGUACUCAUUCCAUAAUAAUGUUUUGGUUGUUCCGUUACUUUAUUGUUUAUUGUUGAUCCGUAUCAAAGUUUUAUUUGAGUUACUUUGUACAUAAAAAAUGGUAACUUGUGAAAAUGUUUUCUAGUUCCGCGGAUCAAUGUCGCCUACUGGUCGAAGAUUUAAUAAGUAAAUUUCAAAGCAACCCGGCCCCCGAGUCCUCCCGUAUUACGCGUCAGGUUCCGAACGCCUCGACCGUAGUCGUAAAGCGAAGUUACUGAUAGGAUUGACGACAACGAAUCCUGCGCUAUCUCCAGUCACGCGCGUUUAUGAGUCACGUUUGUAUUUGACACGAGUUUGAAAUCGCAAGUGCUUUGUAGACUAAUGCAGUGUUAAGUAAAAGUUUGUUUGCAAUGUGGUAAAGACUGGUUAACUGUAAUGUGUGAUCACUAGACUUCGUGCGAAUUUCUUCCCCGAGCCGUAGUUCUGCUACUUGUCAAACUGUUUCUAGGUGAUAGAAGUCACGUUUCUAUAAGGUGCUUUUACGUUAAGGUCUGUUCAAUCUGCCGCGAUUCUCGCACAGAACUUGGCCGUUCAACCCCCCGAAAUGAUGCGAUUUAGUUUUAGCUUAGUUUGAAUGUCGCGCGCUUUUUGCAAAAAUGUGUGCCUCGUUAACGUGUUGCGUAGACGACGUUCUUUUUUGUGCGCCGAGGUUUCAAGUUCUGUAGUACUCGAACACAAUUAAAACUUUUUUGGUAUGGAUUUCACAGUUCCGCAUCUGGACGUUAACAUCGCCUACAAAGCGCGUUAUAAAGUCCGCGCAGGUUACGGAAUUGACAACAGUUUGAACAGUCCCUAAUCGUUUUUCGUUGAAUGCUUGUCACGCUAUUCCUUGGUAUCUCAAUGAACAAGGACGAAUGUCAAAAGCGGCCAAUUCAUAUUUCGAUUAGCUCAACAAACAUAUUAGCUGACAUUGUUUAUGAAAAUUUCUAUUUCUGUUUUCACUCUAAAUAAUAGUGAUGGUAUUCCAAAUGAAACAUUUUUGGGAUACUGACAAAGUAGUAUAAAUACGACUGAAUUCCGCUUAGCCAAUCUAUAUACAUUAUUUAGUAACUAAUAUUAUCAGAUAAAUAUUAAAAGAUUUGGAAUUCAGUCUUGCAGUCCAAUAAUAAAACCGGACAAUGCGCGCCGUAUGGGGCGAUGUUGACGUUGCUGCAGUAGUCAGAAUUAAUGUUCUGGGCAUGGUCGUCCCGUAAUUAUCAGUAGUUGUACCACAAGAGCCGGGCCAUCGCGAUCUCCACCAAAACGAAUAGAGAAUUGACCGCUUUAAACGGGCAUUAAAAGUAGCUGUAAUAAAAAUCGUAAAACUAUCUUUAAUGCCUUAGUAGAAGCAAUAGAGCGUUAUCAUUAUAGGCGUUAAGAGGAUAGUCCUGCGAGCGCGCUAUUAUCAUAUUUUGGGUGCUAUUCAAAUUGAAUGAAAUGCUAAUAAUGAAACUAGAUAAUUCCUUCGACUAUGAAUGCCAGAGCCAGAACACCCUGACCAGAACCAAUUUAGAACAGUUCCUUUCCCAUAUUGGUCCACAGUGUUAGUUACCUUUGGACCACCGAGGUUGUCAAUUUUGUAGACAAAUACCGUGAACAAUGUUAGUUACGUUAUAAUUU